CGAACCCGGGCACUCUCGAUUCGCACGAAGCCGAGAGCGCCGGCCGCCGAAUGGACGACUGAGGACUCAACGGCGGACAAGGAGCCCGUAACCCCUACUGCAAGGCUCAUGGAAGAUCUAUACAUCGUGGUAACCAUAGGCCUAGGCUCGGCCUUAAACUUGCCCGUGUUGAGCGCCGGCAUCGCCACCCAGCUUGCCCGAUACCCGCGCUUCCAAAGCAUCCAAGUAGCUGAUGGUGGUUCAGAAGGUGGCAACCGGCGGUGGGCACGCGUGAAGGUGAAUGUGGACGAUCACAUCAUCGUGCCGGCUCUGGAUCCCGUCGCCGUGGAAGCCGACGCGGACCAGGUGGUGGAGGACUAUGCAGCAUCGCUGGUCACGCUCCCCAUGGACGCGUCCCGCCCACUCUGGGAGUUCCACUUCCUCGACUUCCCGACCUCGGAGGCGACCUCCACCGUCGUGCUCCGCGUGCACCACUCCCUUGGUGAUGGCGUGUCGUUGAUGACGCUCGUCUUUGCGUCCGCGCGCAGCGUCGCCGACCCAACGAGACUGCCGGCCAUGCCGAAGCAGCCCGAGCGCACAGCCGCCAUCUACAUGCCGCGGCCGCGGUCUGCCGGCGCCAUGGCGUUUCUCGGGUGGGUGUGGUCGUAUUUCGUGUUGGCUUGGAACACCAUGGUGGACGUUGCCUUCUUCGCCGCCACAGUUUUGUUCCUAAGAGACCCCAAGACGUCGUUCAGUUGCUCAGACGACGACACGGUCUUCAGCCCACGCAGACGCUUCGUACACCUGAGCCUUAGCUUGGACGAUGUCAAGUUCAUCAAGAAUGCUAUCAACUGCACUGUCAAUGACGUCCUAGUUGGUGCAACUUCUGCUGCCCUGUCACGGUAUUACUUUCGCAAGCCGGGUAACACAAUCACGGAGAAAAUCUGUCUGCGCUCUGUCCUUCCAGUCAAUUUAAGGGCAACCACUAGCUUACAAAAAUAUGUUAACUUGAUAGAAUCUGGUAAGAGUGGCGAUGUGGGAUGGGGAAAUCAACUAGGCUACAUCAUCCUUCCGUUUCAUGUAGAGACGCACGAUGAUCCACUUGUAUAUGUUCGCAAGGCAAAGAAGACUUUGGAUAGGAAAAAGAGGUCACUUGAAAUGGUCUUCACGUGUAAGAUCAGUGAGCUUUUUCUCAAAUUGUUUGGUAUGAAGGCAGGCGCUUUUAUCUUCGGCCAUAUGUUCGCAAAUACAUCUAUGGUGUUCUCAAAUGUGAUUGGACCGGCUGAACCAAUAGAGUUAUGUGGGCAUCCAAUUACCUUCAUUGCCCCAGGUGCUUAUGGAGUUCCGCAAUCUUUGGUUGUGCACUACACGAGUUACUGUGACACAAUCAAGGUAACUCUAUCGAUCGAUGAUGAAAUAUUUCCAGAUUAUAGUCAACUUUUGGAUGACUUCGCCGAGUCCUUCAGACACAUUAAAGAUGCGGCUUCGGGGCUUUAAGUUCCAUUGUGACAGAGUAAUUGAGAAACUAUUAGAUUGUUGCACUUAAUAAAACUUGUGUAAUAGUACAAGUAUAUACUCUGAU